UUCCACGGAUACACAGCAGAAGGGGUGCUGGUGGAGGAGAAACCGGUCCUGUGCUACGAGGAUGGAUCCCACGUCACGCAGAGCAUCCCCGUGGCUCGUCGUGCUUGCGCUGACGUGCGCCGGGCUGCAAGUGGACUGCAAGCGGGCCAGGCAGCCUCGGUGUCCCGCGUCGUGCACUUGCACCAAAGACAACGCGCUGUGCGAGAGCACCGGCCUGAUCCCCCGCGCCUUCCCUCCCGAUGUCAUCUCUCUGUCCUUCGUCAAGUCUGAAUUCACAGAGAUCCCCAAAGAGAGCUUCAUCCACACGCCAGCCCUGCACUUGCUCCUCUUUACGGCCAAUAACUUGGAAGCAAUAAACGAGGACGCUUUCCUCGGUCUUCCUCAUUUGGAGUAUCUGUUCAUCGAAAACAACCAGAUCAAUUCCAUAUCGCCGUACGCUUUCCGUGGACUGAAAACAUUAGUGCACCUGAGUUUGGCCUAUAAUAAUCUCGAGACGCUCCCCAAAGAUUUGUUCAAGGGUCUCGAGGCUCUCACGAAAGUAGACUUGCGAGGGAACCAGUUCACUUGUGACUGUAAGCUGAAGUGGCUGGUGGAGUGGAUCUACAGCACCAAUGCGACAGUGGAUCAGAUGUACUGCAAAGGCCCGUCGGCGCUGCAGGACAAGGGGAUCAACGACCUAAUGCCUCAGGCCUUCGACUGCAUCACCACAGAGUUCGCCUCGUACCAGUCCCUCAAGUUCGAAUCCAUAUCCGUCGAGGCCUUUUCCUUCGGCGAUGACCAGUUAGUGGUCUAUGCUCAGCCCUUCAUUGGCAAAUGUAGCUUCAUGGAGUGGGAUCAUGUGGAGAUGGUCUUCAGGAACUUUGACGAUAUUGACAGCACUUCCACGGUGAUCUGCAAGCCUCUGGUGAUCGACAACCAGCUCUUCAUCAUCGUGGCCCAGCUGUUCGGCGGCUCCCACAUCUACAAGCGCGACACGUCGGCCAACAAGUUCAUCAAGCUCCAGGGCAUCGACAUCCUGAAGAUCCGCAAGCCCAACGACGUGGAGACCUUCCGCAUCGACGGCGAGUCCUUCUUCGUCGUCGCCGACAGCUCCAAGGCGGGCUCCACCACCAUCUACAAGUGGAACGGCAACGGCUUCUACUCGCACCAGUCGCUCCACCCCUGGUACCGCGACACGGAUGUGGAGUACGUGGACAUCUCGUCCAAGCCUCACCUCAUCCUGUCCAGCAGCUCCCAGAGGCCCGUCAUCUACCAGUGGAACAAGGGCAGCAAGCUCUUCGAGAGACGCACCGACAUCCCGGAGAUGGAGGACGUCUACGCCGUCAAGCACUUCCUGGUCAAGGCGGAGCUCUUCAUCUGCCUGACGCGCUUCAUCGGCGACUCCAAGGUGAUGCGCUGGGACGGCGCCCUCUUCCGGGAGCUGCAGACCGUGCCCUCGCGCGGCUCCAUGGUCUUCCAGCCUUUCUCGGUGGGCAGCUGGCAGUACGCCAUCCUGGGCAGCGACUACUCCUUCACGCAGGUGUACCGCUGGGACGCCAAGAAGGGCGAGUUCGCGCACUUCCAGGAGCUCAACAUCCAGGCGCCGCGGGCCUUCACGCCCGUCUCCAUCGACAACCGCCAGUUCCUGCUGGCGUCCAGCUUCAAGGGGAAAACGCAGAUUUACGAGCACCUGGUCAUCGACCUCAGCGACUGAGCGGCGCACUCGCGUGGUCUCCUUUAACCAAGUGCAUUUCAAACACAUUUUACGGCGACGGGGUGAGGUCAGGGUUCUUCAUCCAUGCAUGCCUGCCUUUAUGGACCUGGAAGAUGAACACUUAGGAUGACAUCAUGCCUUGGGUGACCCCUUAUUCAGUUAAAAACACAACUCUCAUGUGUCCCAAUACUUUUGUCCUUGGUGUACAAUGCAAUUGAGUUGAGCCUCGAAAAUCAAAUCCACGUGUCCCAAUACAUUCGAACAGCCUUCUGGGAAAAUAUGCCUCAGUCAGCAAUGUCAAGAAAGGAAAAAAGGUGACGAUAACCCUACACACUAAAAAAUGUUGGGUUAGAAAAUAACCCAAUUUUAACCCAACUUCUGGUUCAGAAAAGGACAAACCCCUCAUUUGAGUUAUUUUAACUCAACAUUUUGGGUUAAUUUUUUCAACCCAACUUUUGCGUUGAAUUAUUUAACCAAAAAGUUGAGUUAUGAUAACUUAAUGUUGGGUUAUUCCCAACCCAACUAUUGGGUUGAAUUAUUUAACCCACAAGUUGAGUUAUGCUAACUCAAUGUUGGUUGAUUCAUAACCCAACUAUUGGGUUGAAUUAUUUAACCCCAAAAGUUGAGUUAUGCUAACUCAAUGUUGGUUGAUUCAUAACCCAAUUAUUGGGUUGAAUUUAUUUAACCCAAAAGUUGAGUUAUCCUAACUCAAUGUUGGUUGAUUCAUAA